CGGGCACCGGGGCAGACGCAGUGACUGGAGCGGGGGCCAUGCCUUGCAAGAGCGCCGAGUGGCUGCAGGAGGAGCUGGAGGCGCGCGGCGGUGCGUCUCUACUGCUGCUCGACUGCCGGCCGCACGAGCUCUUCGAGUCGUCGCACAUCGAGACGGCCAUCAACCUGGCCAUCCCGGGCCUUAUGCUGCGCCGCCUGCGCAAGGGCAACCUGCCCAUCCGCUCCAUCAUCCCCAACCACGCCGACAAGGAGCGCUUCACCACGCGCUGCAAGGCGGCCACUGUGCUUCUCUACGACGAGGCCACUGCCGAGUGGCAGCCCGAGCCUGGAGCUCCCGCCUCUGUGCUCGGCCUACUCCUGCAGAAGCUGCGCGAUGACGGCUGCCAGGCCUACUACCUCCAAGGUGGUUUCAACAAGUUCCAAACGGAGUACUCUGAGCACUGCGAGACCAAUGUGGACAGCUCGUCCUCACCGAGUGGCUCGCCGCCCACCUCAGUGCUAGGCCUGGGGGGCCUACGCAUCAGCUCUGACUGCUCAGAUGGCGAGUCAGACCGAGAGCUGCCCAGCAGUGCCACUGAGUCGGACGGCAGCCCUGUGCCAUCCUGCCAGCCGGCCUUCCCCGUACAGAUCCUGCCCUACCUCUACCUUGGCUGUGCCAAGGACUCCACCAACCUGGACGUGCUCGGCAAGUACGGCAUCAAGUACAUCCUCAACGUCACGCCCAACCUGCCCAACGCCUUUGAGCACGGCGGCGAGUUCACCUACAAGCAGAUCCCCAUCUCUGACCACUGGAGCCAGAACCUCUCCCAGUUCUUCCCCGAGGCCAUCAGCUUCAUUGAUGAGGCUCGCUCCAAGAAGUGUGGUGUCUUGGUGCACUGCCUGGCAGGCAUCAGCCGCUCGGUGACGGUCACUGUGGCCUACCUGAUGCAGAAGAUGAACCUGUCACUCAACGACGCCUAUGACUUCGUCAAGAGGAAAAAGUCCAACAUCUCUCCCAACUUCAACUUCAUGGGGCAGCUGCUGGACUUUGAGCGGACGCUGGGGCUAAGCAGCCCAUGUGACAACCACACACCCAAUGAGAAGCUCUACUUCUCCACGCCCACCAACCACAACCUGUUCCCACUCAACACACUUGAGUCCACGUGAGGCCAGGUGCACAGGUGGCCGGGCCACCGGGUGCCUCCCCAGCCCUCCACAGGGCCAGCUGGGAGGGCCCAAGCCUGCUGCCUCUGGCCUGAGGAACCCACAGACGUCACCUGUGACCAGCAGCCAGGCUCAUAGGUGGCCGAGCUCCACUCACCCCAUCCUGUGGGGAGCAGGGCCCACAGGCAAGGCCUUCCCCCGCAGGACUUGCCAAAGAGGCCCUCAACUCUCAGACACAUGGCUUUGGGGUUCCAGCAGGGCCUCAUCCUUCCCUAGGACAGUCCUUUCUGCUGAUGGCCCGGCCAACUUGGCUACUUUUUAAAGACACGUCCACGGACCUGAGGUUCCUUUUUACUUUUGGCGGGUAAACCUAAGCUCCCUGGAGCACCGAGAGUGUUCAAGCUCUUCUGAUUUUUCUUUUUUUAAUGAAAAGUGUUAUUUCCAGGCUACAUGCAACAGUGGAUUAUAUAAACCAGUAUUUCAUCCCUUGAUCCUGUGAGAGAGAGAAACGUUCUGAGUUUUGUUUUUCUAUUUCAAAAAGUAAUUAUUGGUGUUCUUUUUUUUUAAAUGGAAAAGACAGACCCCGUGUUGAUCUUGACCAAAUGCGUUUUGCACAUGUGUGAAGCCUCCGUUUCCACGGCGGGCCCUUCUGGAAGGGACGGCUUGCUGCUCUCCAGGUGUCGGACGCCGGUCAUGCCCGCAUCUCCCACCGUGGGCCCGGCCCACUUGGCACUGCAUUGGCCUGCGAUGAUGUCUGCAGUUGUGAUUGGUGGGCUGUGCAGGUGGCUUUGGCAUUCUCUGUCCUUUCCACCACGCUUCCACUCCCCGAGGCAGGAGUUGGGGGCCCUGCCCUGCUGGAAGUAGGGCCAUGGGGGACCGCCAGGCAGUAGCAUUAGCCCUUGGGCUCAGCCCCUGGGAGGGCCUGGGCCCCAGGCCGUUUUAUAUACUCCACCCACUACUUGUGUCUCCUUUCUCUUUUUUUCUCUGUCUGUUCGCACCUGGGAGUGGAGGCCCAGUGGCCAGGGAAAGCUUCGGUAGGUGGAGGCCCAGCCCUGCCUCCCAAGUUCCUUCCCCUUCCCCUGGCCGUUGCUUUGAUUCUGCUGCCACUCUCAGCCCCCCUUGUCCCCGUGGACGCCUGCACUGCUCUCAUCUUGCCCAUGCCUUCUACUACCAGGAAACUCGCACCCAUUUCCACCCCUGGGCAGGAGUGGGUGCGAUGAGGAUGCAGGGAGGCACCUUGGACAAGUGGAGGGGCUGUGAGGCUCUGUCCACCCAACCCUACCCCAAGUAUCCACAGAACAAAGCCACGGAUUCCGUUAUCCUCCUCCACUUUUGUUCCCUCUCCAAGCUUAGUUCUAGCAGGUGUCAGGGCUGCCUCGGGGCACAGGGAGGGUGAGCAGUCAGGCGGGAGUCCCUGAGGGAGCCAGCACUCAGCAUGCGAGCGAUGCCACGGAAACUCUGCCCCCACUGCAUCUUACCUCACAGGGGCUGUUUCAGGGAUUCUCUAGGGCAGCGCAGUUAAAUCUUGCCACAGCUGAGAAAGUAGACAACAAGCUCCCAUGCUGUACAUGGUUCUCUUUCUCUCUCUCUCUUUUUUAUUUUUAAAAAGAAAACCCCAGAAAGACGCAUCAGACUUGUGUAAAUGAGGGUAUGCCAAGAGGGUGGCCAGUUUUGCUUUAUGAUCUUAUGAAGGAAAAUUUGUGACCCUACGUAUAUAUACACACACAUACAUAUAUAUAUCCCGAACCAGCAACGGGACUUUGUUUAUAUUGCAAAUAAAUACUAUUUUUUCUUUAAAAUGAGUUGUGAUGUCUGGUAAAACUUGAGUUCAG